UUCCUGUAUGUACGUGUGGAUUGGCCACCACGCGUUCCGGUGGGACUGCUGCUGUCGAGGUGCCACGGAUAGAAGAUAGAUAGCGGGUGGCUGGACCGAUUGAUCCACUCAGUUACCUUUACGAUCUCUACUCCUUCUAGUCGGCUGAGGCUCGGCUCUGCUAUUGUCUGCGAUACCCACCCAAUUUCCCACAUACCCACCCAGACACCCACCGACCCACCCUCACGUGUGUGCAUGAGUGUGCGAAUUAUAUAUGAAUUGCAUAAUCAGGGUUAGAUAACCACACAACGGCCACGUACAUACACAUACGCAUACACACACACACAUACACGUACGUACACGCACAUACCCACACAGACAACCACCGAUAAAUGCCCCAUCCAAUGUGACCGUCGGGGCCAAUUAGCCCCUCGCUCCCUCUCACACACCGAAAUACAGCACAUAUGUGCACGAACAAGAGAGAGAAAAGGGGGGGGGGGCCGAAAGCCGCCCGCAUUGUAUAAGACACAUUGCACAUUCAGAAACAACACCAUAUACACACACGCACACACACAAAGGCACAAAUACAUACACCCUCGCGAAACGACGGGGAAUGAAUAUGAAGUAUGUAUGUAUGUACGUGUGUGUGUGUGUGUGUGUGCUGGACAAAGACGACAGACACAAUGAAAUCAUUCGCAGGCACCAGGCUCUCCACGGUAGGAACGUCGAUUGCUGAUGACCGCCAGAAGACACGGUGGUUCGUCUGGAUGUAUGGAUGGAACAUGUAGUCAGCACCACAUAGGAAAAAGCUGCACAUAAGUAGCCCCAAAAAGAGACAUGACAUCAUCGGUGCAUAUGUGGGCGGCAAGCGCAUCAUCCAGUGAGUGUACACCGUGCCCCUAGAUGCGUAUGUGCAUGAACUGUGUGUGAAAAAAGGCCCUCCAGCUACCCCUCUAAAUGGAGCUACACACACUCUGCAAAGACACACACACACACAACAGACAGACACAGUCGCCUGCCCGCCUGUGUGUGGUCUUUCAUGUUCUGACCGAGAUAGAAGAUCGUCUUGGUGUUGAGGAGUGUCUGCGAGCCGAAGCUAUCCUCCACACCGAGGGCCGACUUCAUGUCCACGUCAGCAGUGCCGGCAUCGCCCCGACACGUCAGCAGCAGCACCUGCUCAUCAGCCACAGACCCACCCACACCCCCCACGGCUGGGGCCAUCCGUCGCCUAUGCGAAUUGGCCGGAAGCGCCGCCCACUCGCCGGGCUGCCGAAUCAUGGCCAGCAGCGACCGGCGCCCAGACGGCGGGCUGGGCUCAUCCGAUGGCACAAACACUGAUGAGAACGAUAAGUACCCAGGCCUGCACACAUGUGGCAAACGGCAACACACAACACAACACAACACAACAGAACACGUGGCAUUGGUGUCAUGAAUGCGUCAAUGUGUGUUGUUCAUUGUGGCUGGUCCAUCCAUGCCUGUAUGGAGGUGCGGUCCGGACGGUCUCGUUUUGCAUGGUGGUGCUGCUGUUAGCCCCGCUGCCCAGUGAGGCGAGGGAGAGCUCAAAGCCGGUGGGAAGGGCAGGCGUGAUGGCCUCAGGGUGGAGCACAUAUCUCAGGGGGGGCUCGCCGUCAGCUAUGGUGAAGAGGGAGCUCAGAUGCACGCCAGACGGGGCGCCCGCCUGGACGCCACGCAGCGUCACCGAGCCACCGUCGGCCUCGUAUCGAUGUGUGACUGACAACACGGUCAGAACACGCACAGAAAUCAUGGCAGGAACAGUGGAUGGAGUUGACAUAUAUGUGUGCCUACUCACUUGAUGGGAAGGAGACCUCGGUGCCUUCAGCCCUGCCGUAGCUCUUCAUCUUGCCCCCUGGGUGUUGGCACUCGAGCGAGCCGCUCACCAGGUCAUCGUUUUCACGGACCGGCUCCUUGUCAGCUGCACGAACACACGGCGCAUACAUGUGCUGUAUGCGGUGUCAUCUCAUCCGCCCACCCACCCACCCACCCAGAUACGUACAUUUGAGGAAGCACAUUUUGCUUUCCGGCAUGUACGAGAAGAACCUGCACGGGGGCAUCUCUUCGCACGCCCUGGCGCACAUGUUGACGUCCUUGAUGUUCGCCAGCCUCCCCAAGUUCGGGCGGUUGUCCCCCAGCGCCACGCCGUACUCCUUCCCCCUCUCAACGCACUCACCGCUGACCUGCUGUUGCUGCUCUUCUGCCCGGGGCUUUCGUCUCUCCUGCUCCUUCUGCUGUCGCCGAGUCUGUCCAUGUGGCGCUGCAGGCGCCUUGCAGUACUUUCGACCGGAGACCAAAUCGGGGUUGUUGACUGGCGUGCCCACUUCCGAUUUGAAAUAACACGUCUGGCGUACGGAGAGGUAAGAGAAAGCCUCGCAGGCCGGCAUCCACUGGCAUAGCUUCUGGCACUCCUUGGGCGACCGCACUCCCUCCUUUAAGCCGAUGUGGCUGGCUGGGCGGCUCGUCUUGUAACCUUUGCCGAUGUCGAAACAAGCACGCGCCAGAGGGUCUUGUUCCUUUCCACCAUCCGGGUCCUGCUUGUCGGCUGCUGCAGCUGCUGGUGCUGAUGGAUUGUGCGUCCUGUUGGCGGCGUGCUGCUGCUGUCCUUGCCUCUGCACAAACGAUAUAAACAACCAGACCAGCGCCACGAGCAAGUCAUCCCGCACAGGUGGUCAACGUUCCCGCUCUCUGCUCACCUGUCCCCCAUUCUUCCCGCCCUCCUGCCUCCUGUCGUCCUUGCCCGUCACGGCUUGAUUCUCCUGCUCCCGCUGUGCUUCCGCACCCGCACCGGCUGUCGAGUUGAGGCUUUCUGUGUGCUUGCUGUCGUCAUCGUCACGGAGAGGCCGCACAGGCGCCGGUGCAUCGUCAUAAUCGAAGUCCUCAAGCACCAUGUAGUCCUCCAUGAUGUCGUCCUCCCGUGUGGCCACAGCCGCGGGGGGAGGGGUGGUGGCCUCGCCACUGCCUUCCUCAUCCCCGGCUGCACCACCUGCAGGCGGAGUGGUGGCACCCGCGUCUGCCGGCUGGUCGAUGCGGAUGAGCAGACCCGCGUCGCUGCUGGAUGGGGGGCCGGUGGUCAUAUGAGAGGGUGCCUUGGGGGACCCCUCCCAGCAUGACCUGCGGCCGGACACCCACUUGGCGUCUUGUCUGGACGGUGCGAGACUCGUCUUGAGGUCACACACGCCGUCCGCCAUAGAGAGGGAGAAUGCCGCGCAUCGAGUGUCCUGCUGGCAUAGCAACUGGCAGACGUUGACGGCUUGCUUGGUGCUCAUGGAUGAGGGUGUGAGGGGCACCCUGGUCACCAGCAUGCCGACGCCAAGCUCAACGCCCUCAUGCACACACGCGGGAAACUCCUCUGCCUCUGCUGCCUCUUGGUCUCGGUCUUGGUCGUCAUUGUCGACGUCCAUGAAGUAGAAGGUAUCUUGCUCUUGCACAUCUGGCGGUGCAGGAGUCUCUGCUGCCGGCUCUUGUGCCGCAUGCUGCUGUCGUUGUUGAUGUGUGACGACAGGCUUGAAGACCUCGUGGGUGCCGGGGGGUGGCGCGGGGCCGCUGACGUCCACAUCCUCCGUCAUGGCGGGUGGGGGCGUGGUCAUCUCGUUCUGGGCUAUGUGUUCAUCGAUGGCUGCUGGUGGGGGGGUGGAGGCUGACACGUCAUCGAACAUGCCCGACGCCACCUGGUCUGCACACAGGCAGAGAGGAGGGAGGGAGGGUGCAUGGAUGGAUGGAUGGAUGGACAUGUCUGUUCAGGUAUGGCUGACUGACUGACCUUGGCUGGCGGCCUGGCCGAAACCGACGUAAGGUACGAAUUCCUCUCUGAAGGGUACAUACUGCGGCUGGUCCUCCUGUCGUGUGCCUUGCUCGCCGGGCUCCUGCCGCUGGGCCUCGGUCGUCGCUUGACCUGCGGAGGGACACACAGACGCGCACAUGUAAGCGCUCUCUCUCUUGCUAUGUGUGCGUGUGUCUGUAAGUGAUGUCCAUGCGGUGACCGUCUGAGUCUGCGUCAUCGAAUCCGACAUAGGGGACAAACUCCUCACUGAAAGCCACGUACUGGGGCUGCGUCUGGGCUUGGGCUCGGGCUUGUGCCGUCACGUUGGUGUCUUGAUCCGUCUCAUCAGUGGCGAGCGAGCUGCCAUGAGACUGGGCGUCGAUGAAGUACACGUACUCGAGCUCCUCGGUGCUUUCACUGUUCGCCGCAUCUAGAAAGAUGGAUGCACACGCAGACACGCAGAGAUGCAGGCAGGGUGCACACGCGCAUGCGCGAGCAGCUUUAUUGGCUUAAACGACACAGGUCCAGAGAUGUAGCUACCUAGGUUACCUGUGUCGUUUGUGUCCUCCUUGGCCAAAACAGAGAGGUCCCGUGGGAUACCCGCAUUGGGGAGGGGCAGAGUCGGCUCCUUCACACUCGCACCACGGGGCGCCUCCACCGACUGCAGACACACACGUCACCCACCCCACCCAUGCACACGUACAUACGCACAUCUCACGUACAAUACAGGCCCCACUCAUUUCGGUGCCUGGCUGACUGACUGACCAGCACAGAUGUGGUGAAAAAGUUGGCGCAGCUGUAAGGCGUCUGGUCGUCAGGGUCGAUCUGUACCCAGUUGGCGCCCCCGUCCAUCAUGUUGGGCUGGCUGGACCCAACCAUCGCGCAGUUCGGCUGUCGCGGAUCAGCCGUGGCAUUGCUACUCUCGUCAUUGUCGCCACCACCAUUGCCACUGCCCCCAUCUCGUGUUGCCGUGGCGGGCACGGAUCGCUGGUUCAUGUAGGCGUUCCUGGCGAUGGUGGUGCGCUCGAUGGACAGACUGGCCACGCCGGACGGACGGACAAACAGCCCCCCUCCCCCACCUGUGUGUAUGGAUACAUACAUACAACCAUCGCACAUGGGCGGGCAAACAGGGAGGGAGGGAUGGAUCAUGUGUUGGGGGAAGGAUGGCUGUAUGUGGCUGACUGACCGUAUCUGCCUGAAGCCGUGUUUUUGCUGAUGGUGGAUGCGGCGACUUUGAGGGCGCUGCGUGGGGAGGUGACGGCGAUGGCGCCCCCGUUGCCCUUGGCGAUGUUGUGCUGCAGGUACGAGUGGGAGACGGUCAAGGGCCGCUCGGUAGUGCCACACGAUGACGACACCGCCAAGGCGCCACCGGUCGAUGCAGGAUCCAAAACACUGCAACACAGAGGAGAGGAGACGGUUGUUGGCUGAUUGGGGUGACUGGUGCGUCAUCGGGUGUGUUCGUGUCUUUUCGUUUGUGCAUGGCGGGCGUGCCUGUUGUGCGUCAGUGUCAUCUCGUCAAGGUCAACGGCAGCGUUGCAAAGCACACCGCCACCUGCACACCACAGCACACCGUCCAUCGACCGACCCAACGAACCAAUGGAUGGAUGAAUGAGUGAAUGAAUGUACAGGCCAGUGUAGUGUCGAUCGUCCACCCAUAGACCCACCUGCUUCCACAGCCGUAUUGCCCUCCACACUCGUCCCCUUGAGAAUCGACCCGUCACUGCCAGCCGCAAAGUGAAGAGCUCCACCACGCUCCGCAGAAUUGCGCAGAAACGCUGAAGUGACAGACAUUUAUUCACACCGUACGUACACAAAGGUGCCGAGAGAGAGGGGCACGCAGUGGUGUGUACCCGAGUUGUUGAUGGUCACUGGCCGUUGUGUGUGCAUGCCUCCGCCGGAUGAGUCGUUGCCCGCACUGUUGGCCACCACCAGCGACUGGUCAAUGGACAAGAGAGGUUCCUCGGCCUCAUUCGCCAUGUCGCUCGCGUAGAUGCCCCCACCACUUCCUGCAACGCCACACCACACCACACACAGUAGGUUGAAAGGUGAUGGACAGGUGUGCACGAUUGCGUGGCGCGGCGCACGUGUUGCCUGAUUGUCGCGGAGGACGGUCUUGAAGAGGGUGACGCUCGCCGCACCGCUGGCCACGAAGAUGCCCCCACCAUUGGACGCAACGUUCCCGUGCACAUCCGAGUGCCGCAUCCGCAGGUCGCAGCUGCUCCACACGGCCCCUCCAUGGCCCGCGUGGGAGUACCCGGACACCUCGACGGCGUCCAAUCUCAUGAGCGUCUUGCCCCCCUCAGGCUGCACACACGAGAUGCCCCGGGACAACCGCCCCUUGUUGAUGAGCUUGACGUCGCGAAGGCUCAGGUGCUGGCGGUGGCUCUCAAUCGUGCUGGGCGGACCCGGUGCGUUCGCUGCCCUUCCCUCGCGUGUGGCAGUGCUGGUGUCGACCACCGAGAAGCCCUCGAGCUUUGAAGUCCUGUCCAAAUCCGCAGCAUCAGCACCGCCAUCGCCGUUUCGAAAGACGAAAAGGGCUGCGGUGUCUGUAACAAGGUACAGACUCUCCGAUCCAGGGCCGAUGAUAGUGAGCGCAUCUGUGACGACAGGGAGGCCGCCAUUCAGGACGAGCACCGUGCUGUCGUUGGUCGGCGGGGAGAACAGGGGGCUGGUGGUCGUGGUGGUGUCGUUUGGCGUGGUGGCGACCAGGCGGAUGACGUCGUGCCCCUGUCUGCUGUUGGCGAUUUCGACGGCCUCGCGCAGCGAGGCGCCCUCUUGCCCCUCGCCCGUCCUCACCACUAUGGGCGCAUUGUGCCGCUUCGCCACCUGCGCCAACGACACUCCACACCAUGAGGCGCCCAGCAGCACGAGCAGGAGCAGUGAACACAGCGAACGAGCAGUCAAGGGAGGGAAGCCCGUUAUCGUCAUUGAGAAAGCGGAUACCGACAGGUGGUGCUGGUGGUGCCUGUGCCUCUCUCUGCUGUUCCCAGGCCGCUUGCUCCUUAUAUCAUUUGCUCAGAGGGCAGGCAGGUCAACUUAUUUGCUACUGUAACGGCCGAAGAAAAAAUAAAAGUCACGCGCACACCGCAGAGAUGGACUCUCACCUGGCUCAUCUUGUCGCGCAGCGUCUUGUCGCCUGGUGGAAUGUGCUCCACCCCGACUCCCCGCCCAUGACGGUCAAACGCCGCCCAGGAACUGACCGGCGUCAU